GACGCGUUGGCUUUGAAGGUGAGGGUACAUUAAUGCUGCAAGAGUCCUUUACAACAGUCCUCAUCUCGAUUUCACUCUCUCUCGUCACUGUAAAACCUAAAACAUCAUGCAGCAAUCUCCAGGUGAAUGAAUAUGAAAGAGAGUGUAAAAGAAAAAGGCAACCUUUGAUUUCCGAAACCCUUGAUUCCCGACCACAUUGUCCCGCUGUUCGAUUCUCGCUGGUUGAAUCAAGGUUUCCUUUUCACUACGCUGUGUGUUUGGAUUGUUGUAUGAGUCUACGCCGCUGUAGAUGCAUUGUGGGUGUCAAUGAACUUUUUCCUUUUUGAAUAUUGAAACGCUGGGCAAGGGCAACAAGUGUUUUUGUUAUCUCCCCUGCUAUUUUGUGUUCUAUCCUGUAGCAGAAGUAACCGCUGGCUGAUAAAAAAAAUGGCACCCAAUCCAAAAGUAAUCGCAGCAUUUCGUGCAAUGGCAAAUCUUGGAAUUCAUGAAUCAACAGUGAAACCGGUAUUAAAGAAACUACUUAAACUGUAUGAUAAAAACUGGGAACUUAUUGAAGAAGAGAAUUAUAGGGCUCUUGCAGAUGCAAUAUUUGAGGAGGAUGAAAAUAAGGUGCCAGAGCCGGACCAGAAUAAUAAUAGCAAGAAAGUUGAUGAACGGGCGGCACAUGAUGAAGCUCAAGUGCAUGAUGAGCCAUUGCGACCAUUGAAGAGGUUGCGCUUAAGAGGCCAAGAGGGUCAUUCUUCACGCCUUCUGAGUAACCCUGGCCCCAGUUCUGCUGCCUUUCCAUUGAAAACACCUAAAUUAGAAGAUGACGCAACAAUACCUGGAAGUAGUGCAAGGAUUGAAGGGCAUCAAGUUCAACCACAAGAUGCUAUUGUUGACAAGGGAAAGCAACCUGUGUCACCUCAAGAUAUUCCCGGAGGGAGAAGAAUUUUAUCUAACGGAAAUUCCCCUGCUGUGCCAUCGUCAAAAAACAAAAUGCCUUAUCCUUACAAUUUUAUCAUUCCCAAGGAUGAGCCUGUAGAUGAUAUACCAGAUUAUGUGGUUCCCCUUGCAGUGAUUCAUCCUGAACCAACAAGUGGAGGAGACUUGUCAAUGAAGAAUGAUGCAACUGGAAAGCAAGAUGGCCAUGGCAUAGUGGCAUCACAAUGCAGAGAUGAAGAUGUUGAAGGUGAAGAAGUUCUUCCUUCCUUAAAUGAAGAAGCGACUUCUAAUGCAGACCUAGCCUCAUCAUCUAUGGGAGAGGAGGGAUCUGUAAAGAAAGCUGUUGACGUUGCAAAGGAAUCUGAGGCAAAUGGCGAUCUUGUUGUCAGUGGCAAUAAAGAUUUAGAGAUGCACUCUUGCACUUCAAAUGGAUCACUCAGUGCUAAGCCUUCUACUGCCUUGGUUGCACUUCAAGAUCCCAUAUCUCCACCUUGUUCGAGUGGUCAGGAUGAUCUUAUGCUAGUUUCCAAUAAUGUUGGAAUGGAUGAUAUCUUAGAUCAUGAUUAUGGGAAGGAGCUCAGGGAUCCUAUAUCUCCAAAUUCAUGUAACUUAGUUGAUGCUUCUAAGAAUCAGCUUACAAGUAAUGAUAUAAAGGCUGUCUGUGAUGUUAAUGACCUCACAAAGGGAGAAGAAAGAGUGAAAAUUUCAUGGGUAAAUAACACUACUGAUGAUCACCCACCAUCCUUUCAUUACAUUCCCCGAAACCUUGUGUUCCGAGAUGCGCAUCUUGAUAUUUCUCUAUCUCGUAUUGGGAAUGAGGAUUGUUGUUUUACUUGUAUGGGCAAUUGUGUCUUGUCAUCUAAACCAUGUCGUUGUGCAAAUAAAACUGGCGGUGAAUUUGCUUACACUGCACAAGGCCUACUAAAGGAAGAGUUCUUGGAAGAGUGUAUUGCCAUGAGCCGCGGCACUCAAAAUUAUUUCUACUGCAAAGACUGCCCGUUUGAAAAAUCUAAGAAUGAUGACGGGUUAGAACCAUGUAAAGGACACUUGAAGAGGAAGUUUAUUAAGGAGUGCUGGAGCAAAUGUGGCUGUGGGAAACAUUGUGGCAAUCGGGUUGUCCAGCGUGGAAUAACUUGCAACCUGCAGGUGUUUUUAACUCCAGAUGGAAAAGGGUGGGGUCUUCGCACCUUAGAGGAUCUUCCAAAAGGUGCAUUUGUAUGUGAAUUUGUUGGAGAAAUUUUAACGGUCAAGGAGUUGCAUGAGAGAAAUUUGAAAUUUCCCAAAAAUGGGAAAUAUACAUAUCCAAUUUUAUUGGAUGCUGAUUGGGAUUCAGGAGUCGUUAAGGAUACAAAAGCCCUUUGCUUGUAUGCAGCAUCAUAUGGGAAUGCUGCUAGGUUUAUUAACCACAGAUGUUUAGAUGCAAACUUGAUUGAGAUCCCAGUUGAAGUUGAGGACCCUGCUCAUCACUACUAUCAUUUUGCCUUCUUCACAUCCAGAAAAAUAUCAGCACAGGAAGAGCUCACUUGGGAUUACAGCAUAAACUUUGAUGACCAUGAUCAGCCAGCUGAGUUGUUCCAGUGCAGAUGUGGCAGUAAAUUCUGCAGGAAUAUGAAGCGGCCAAACAGGUCCAUUAGAUCGUCAACUUCAGGAUUGUAGCAAUUCUCUGCUAAUCUAAUUUUGCUGCCAGAUCAAUGUCAUGGAUGGGGAGCAACGAGACCCCAACUUACUGAAUUAGUCUAUUUAUUUGAUUAUUUAUUGUUCUUAUUGAAACUUGGAUGCUAAUCACUUAGUACAGUCAUCUGGAAACUUAGGCAGGCAUGGCCCUAGAAAAAGAAAAUAACUUUUGGGGCAUUAGCAAAUCUGAGACUUUGAUGUUUUAUUACUGUGUCAUUCGUUGGGUUUUGUUCAUUGCUAAUGGAUUUUUUGUACUGAA